AUGUCAAAUCCGAGAUCAGUCCGAAGCAGUCAGCGGUCUGUUUUCGCUUGCACUAAUUGUUCUCGCCGCAAGAUUAAAUGCUCCAAGACUAUCCCAUGUACCGCUUGCGUGCGCCAGAAUAAAGCUGCACAAUGUCACCGAGAGCCUGUCGCAGUUGUUUCGAGGCGCUCGGUCGGGCGCUCCAGGGCCUCUACAGCACUGGAUGAUCCGCCACCUGUAGUUGUCCCUGCCCCAGAAGCGGCCAACCUCACGACAGUGUCCCCAACUUCGAUCGAGGAGGUACCUACUACUACUGUUAACCCUGAAGCUCGCAGCAUCACUACAAGCAGUAAUGAUUCCCUGCCGCAAAUUGAUGAGCGAAUGAUUGAACAGCUUUUGGCUUCACUAUCCACGCCCGACACAAGGUUGACCAACGAAGCUGCUGCCAUGCUGGAGUUUCUCACCCACGGUCGGCGCAAUAUUCUCAACCAAUUCAUCGGAAGAGAGUCCAUUUCCACCUCAAUAGUGCAGCCUGUUCAAAAGUGGGAUACGUUCCUACCUGUCGAGGAUGCCCGCUCACUGCUAGCGCUUCAUGAGAAGCAUUUGAGCUGGAUGCACAACACGGUUCAUAUGCCGACGUUUCUGCGCGAGUUUGAUGAGAAUAUUCUCAAAAUUGAAUGUGACAGAAGUUGGAUAGCUCUUUAUUAUGCUCUGCUCUCCCAAACGCUCUACCAUCUCGAAAGUAACUAUCUGUCAUCUGUACCCAAGAGAAUAACAGUUGCUCACAACUUUGACAAAUCUGACCUCAUAUGUGUCCUCGUAUCCGCUGCUAUUCGCAUCGCUCAAUGUCUGAACCUGCACAGGCUGGGUCAUGAUGACCAUGGUGCUGGUGUGAAUGAGCCCAUCGACCGCGAAGUGCGAAAGCGAGUUUGGUGGUUUCUCGUUCGAGUCGAUGCACAGCCCGCUGAGAUCUGCACCAUUACUACUUGGACGAAUUGCCUUGCCCAGAUGUCUGUUGUUAUGUGGAGACAUCAUGAUCGCAUGUUAAAGCAAGGAAGUAUAGAGACUGAUGACAUUGAUGGAAGAUAUGAUGAAGUCAUCCGAGCGGACGAGGAGAUCAAGACCCUGUAUCUCUCAUGGUCUAAUACGCUACGUGAGGUCAAUACUACGCCAAGCGACAAUCCAGCAACCGAUGGUUUGCCUACGGGUCUAAUGCCGGCGAUGCUUCUCAUGAGUAUUGCCCAGAAAAUCUUUAUCGUUCAUCGCCAAUUCCAACUUUCGUGUUUCCGGGACAGACAAUACGCGUUCUCUCAACUCUCAUGUGUGACGAUAGCGGAACGAAGCAUCGAAGCAUUCCAGCGAUGGCCCGACUGUCUUGAGGCACGCAUCUGCCGCAGAAUGUGGACUACGCUGUCGUACAUGAUCAGCUGCUCCAUCACUCUCCUCUUUGCUUUACUAUUCAAGGCCCGGAAUGCCCUCACGCAUGACUGGGAGAGGCUACGUGCUUAUGUUGAGUUCGGGAAGACCUUCCUUGGUAAGGAAGAACAGGGAAGCUCAAUCGCCAGGAGAGGAGUUCGAUUACUCAGAGCGCUGAUGGAGCUUGAGCACACAUCGGGUGUCUCAUCGGACAUUGAGGUGGAUAUUGGAGAUACUAUACGCCGCGUUGCGUUAGCCGAUGACGAUGGGGUUGAAGUAAACCCUGGUGAGGGGAAUCAGAUGUCUUUUCCGUACGGACAAGAUCUCUGGGAAAGCCUGAUGAGGGAUCCUGCGGAGGGUGAACUGAUAUGA